AUGUCGAAGAAGAUGAUCGUGUUGAAGAGCUCCGAUGGUGAAAUUUUCCAGAUCGACGAAACAAUCGCAGUUCAAUCGGAGACGAUUUCUCAUCUUGUUGAAGACGAUUGCGCCAAUAACGAAAUCCCACUCGCCAACUUUACGAGCAAAAUCCUCUCUAAAGUGAUCGAGUAUUGCAAGAAACACGUCGCUGCUGGUGAAUCUGAUUCCGAUGAGGCUAAAGAAGAUUUGAAGAAGUGGGAUGCAGAGUUCAUGGAGAUGGAUCUGUCUACGAUCUACGAACUUAUUCUUGCUGCGAAUUACUUGAACGUUAAGGGAUUGCUUGAUCUCGCUUGCCAAUUUGUUGCUGAUAGGAUCUCUGCUUGCAAAACACCGGACGAGAUUCGUGAGAAGUUCAACAUCGUGAAUGAUUUUACACCAGAGGAAGAAGAAGAGAUUCGUAAGGAGAAUCAAUGGGCUUUUGAAUGA